AUGUCGCUACCACAGGCAUUGCACCUCUCGGCUACCCUUGCUCUAGUCAGAUCAAAACCGAAACACCUAACCAUACAGACUCUCCGCGCCUCCAUUGAAACCAUUCACCACGAGGGUCAGACUUUGCGACAUCUCAAUCACUCUGCGUUGUGGCAAAAACAGCACGACAGUCUGCACAAAGUGCUCGGGAAAGAGCAGGACGCCAUGUUCGUUCUCCAGAAAGAGAAUGAAGCACUGCAAGCUCAAAUCACCCAGCUUUCGGCACGGUCAAAGCCUGGUCGAAAACGCAAGAUGGCAGAACAAGAAGAACCCGAGACAGUCAAGAAGAUCAAAGCGGCCUCAAUCGCCAUAGCAGAAUUUGGUUCCGCUGCCGAUGUGGAUCCAGGUCUCGAUUCCCUGCGCCAUGUCAAUUUCAACGCUGACCCAUUCUAG